AUGAUUCUACCAAGAUCAAACAAGGCUCUACAGAUCAACCCGCCUUCGGGGGAUCAGGCUCUCUCAGUGGGAGGCUCUGACUGGCUAUGGGCCGUCACAGCUGUCUUUGUGCUGGAAUUCCUCGUCUUCUUCGGCUUGACCUUUGUGGCUCGAUCUAAGGAAAAGAUAUUCCACUAUCUGUUUGCUAUCACUCUCCUUGUCGGUUCCAUCGCCUACUACGCCAUGGCUUCAGACCUGGCCUGGGAUGUCAUCAGCCAAGUCAAUGAGACCCAGAACGGCACCCGUCAAAUCUUCUUCGCCAAAUAUGUCUAUUGGGUUGUGUCCUUCCCUGUUGUGACUAUCGCCCUUGGCCUUGUUAGCGGUAUCUCUUGGACGAGCAUCCUCUACAACGUCACCCUCGCCUGGGUCUGGGUCUUGUCUUACUUGUUCACCGCCUACACGGCGUCGACGUAUAAAUGGGGCUUCUAUGCGUUCGGCACUGCGGCAUACAUCCUUCUGGCCUACAGCACCCUGUUCGAGGGCCGGCAAUCUCUGGCCACGCGUGACUUUGGGCCAGCUCAUAGUCAUCACCUUCUCCUUGCCGCCUGGACCAACCUUCUCUGGCUUAACUACCCAAUCGCUUUCGGCAUCUCAGAUGGAGGAAACAGGAUCGGUGUCACGCCCAGCUUUAUCUACUUCGGCAUUCUCGACCUGCUUAUGGUACCUGUACUGGCCGUUGCGUUCCUGUUCCUGGCUCGCCAGUGGGACUAUGGGCGUAUGAACAUCGCCUUCACCCAGUAUGGAAGAGUAAGGGCCUCCGAGGGCACGUACCCUGAGAAGAGCACCACUGCCACUGGCCCUGCUGGCGGGCCCGUAACCGGUGAGCCAGCGCCCGCUGCGGUGUAA